AUGUUCCGGAGCAACGUGGGUGUUCAGGAGUACUUAUAUCGACCCACCAACCAACCAUGCCUCCUCACUCACGACCCUCUCGCCGACCGCCUCGCCGCCAUCCCCGAAGCGUACCGAGACGUCUUCACCCGCCUCGUCUCCUCCGCCCUAACCUCGGAACUGAACGUCAACUGCCGCCGCAAAGCCCUGGUCACAAGCAGCACGAGCACGAAGACACGCUCCUCGACCGACGCGCAGCUUGACAUGAUCGAAGUCGACGCCGAGGGUAACCACCACGACAACGACAAGGAAAUCAGGCCGUCGCGCGGGGGCCGGUCUUCUGUCAACAAGAACUGCGAUGACGUCCGCCAGGACAUUCGGGACUUCCUCGGCGCGCAGCAGAUGCAGCCGGGACAGUUUCAACGGCUGAUCGGCGUGUCGGCGAAGUCAUAUCGGGAUUUUGUGGGUCAGAGUGGUCCCGAGAAGGGGGCGAGGUCGGCGACGUUUAUUAAGGCGGGGGAGUUCUUUCGGGGUGAUGUCUCGGGGAAUUCUACUGCGGCGACGGGUGGGGGUAUGGCGCCGGCUACGAAAAAGAGGGCGAAGACCGCUACGGCGGGGAAGGGUAGAGGUAGUCGUGCAGCGGAUGGAAACUCGGAGUAUGAUGUUUCUGGUAUUGAAUUGGAGGAUGAGGAGGACGAGGAGCUUGAGGUGCCCGUGUUUGAGACUUGUGAUCGAGUCAGGGACAUGAUUCGGAAGCAUGUUGCGAAGCCCGGGGUCACAAAGGCCGGGUUCCUGGGGGAUGCGCCCAAGGCGGCUUUCCUUGGGGGUGAGAAGACGAUCAACUCCGGGUUGCUGCACGUGUUCCUCAAGCAAGAGGGCGCCCUCGUGGGAAACACGGGCAUAGUCUUCUAUGCGGCGUAUGUCUUCUUCGAGAAGUUAGGAAUCAAGAAUGGGGAGCCGAAGGAUGAUUUUCGCCUGACCAUGGAGGAGAUCUGGCCCUUCGGGAACGAGCGAGAGAAGCCGGUCAACGGACCCUGGAUCGUUCGGACCGGAAGUCAGCCAUACAUCAACGAGUUUGGGCAAGUUCGGAUCCUGCGAAACUGUUAUCCAUAG